AUGCUGAAGCCUCCUUACUCUUCUGCCGUUCACUGCAGGUCAUCACGCGAUCGACUGCAUGAAUUAAUCGAAAUCCGUCGGGCCAUAGUAGCAGGCUCCCGACGCGAGCUAGUCGACCUCGAGUUCUUCCUCAACACAACUAGCAGAGGCAUCUUCUCUGUUGAUCGACCAGGUGUAGGUGAUGGAGGCUUACAGUCAUCAGAACAGGCUCCAUCCGCUUUAGGCCAACGCGAUCUACUCGGGCUGGAGAAAAUUCCGGACGCCGUCAGUCCUGCGCCUUCCACUGGGGGCGCUGUAAUUCGCCGCGUUGGCGGGGCCAGAGGCGACGGCUAUGACUACUUGCUGGAUCGUCUAGGCCAAAGGGAGCGUGGCUUGACAGCCGGUCGGCCGGAUGGGCUGGCUUCCCUCCGUCAACGCCAACAGUCGCACACUGCCUACUUGCUUAGUCGAGCUGCUUACGAAAACGAGCAGAGUGGGGGUCUCUUAGACGGUUUAGAAACCCGACUCGGCCUCUUUAGUCAAGUCUCGAAGCCGUUCUCCAACGCCUCAGUGAGGAUCGGCUAA